UUCAAUCAUCUUCUACCCCCAACUUUUCAUCGGGAUUUCCAUAUAAUUGCUCCCGAUUCACUCUCACACAGCUUCUAUUACCCUUUUCUAUCCUUUUAUCCAGCCGUUGUUUGCUGUUCAUCAUCAACAUGGCCGAGGAGGGAAAUUCGCUACUUGAUCGCCUCCAGGCAUCCGAGCCCACGGAGGCGCAGUUGAAGAAAAUGUCGUUACUCGAAGAAAAGCGCUCUCGUAUUGGCCUCGAAUCCCUCCGCGACAGCACUGUGAAGAUGCGCGACUGGUAUAAUGAGCGCGAUGCGUUCAUCAACGAAAAUGACGAGAUCAAGGAGAAUUUCUGGGUUCGCGUCUUCGCCAGCGCCCCUAGCGAGAUCGAUCAAUACAUCAUGACCCCCGACGCGGCCGCUCUAGGCUCUACCCUCAAGAACCUGAAGGUGGAACGAUUCGAGCUGAACGAGCAGGGCCAGGGCGAGCCUCGUAGCAUUCGUUUGACUUUCGAAUUCCGCACUGGCGAAGAGAACCCCUUCUUCGAGAACGAUAAGCUUGUCAAGGAACUCUUCUGGCGCCAGAGGUCCCUUAAGACUGCUGAUGGUAAGACGAAGUGCUGGGAAGGCUUGGUCUCCGAGCCUGUUCGCAUUCAGUGGAAGGAGGACAUGGAUCUCACCAAGGGCUUGCUCGAUGCGGCGUGCGACCUGGCCGAGGCCGAGAAAGGUGGAAAGGACCGCAAGAAGCUCCCUGAGUAUGAGAAGCUAAAGGACAAGAUCGUUGAACUGGAGACUACUGCCGACCAGGAGGAGGAUGAGGACGAUGAAUUCCCACUUGGUCCCGUAGGCACAAGCUUCUUCGCUUUCUUCGGCUAUCGGGGUAACGAUGUGUCCGCGGAGGAAUCGGAGGUCGCUACAAAGAAGGCUGAUGAUCGUUUUGCCAAGCUGUCGGCAGGCGAGUCAGUCGAUGCUGAGGAUGCAGAGGAGGACGAGGAAUUCGAGGACAUUGAAGUCUUUCCGGACGGAGAGCAGCUUGCCAUCGCCAUUGCUGAUGACUUGUGGCCACAUGCUCUCGAGCUUUUCAACCGUGAUGAGGAAAUCGAUAUGGACGAAUUUGAUGGUGAGAUUGACGACGAGGAUGACGACGACGAAAAUGACGAAGAGGAAACCGCGCGCCCCAAAAAGAAGACCAAGGUAUAAGCCUACUGAAUCUUCUCUUUGGCCAACUGAUUCGGA